AUGUAUGCCACUCAGUUGCCCAUUUCACUCCUGGCUUACUAUUUAUUUAUUUCACUCCUCCAAAGGCAACUAGCUGGCCGCAAUUCAGUUGUGUUAUUAUUUUCCCCGUCUAUAUACUCUCGUUAUCUUUGUUUGUACCGCCCAGCGCCUGACAGUCAACUGCCUUCGAAAUCGGAUGCCGCUACCAACCCCUCCGCAGUCGACGGAAACCUGGUGCCUACCACAGGUCGUUCUCCGCCAGCUUUAGAUCACUCAGUGUUUUAUCGGCGGGGUCUGGAGUUGGUCGACGUGUGGCGCGAUUUUGAGCUGGCUGUGAACUACGCUAUGCAGCUUCAGGAGCUCACUGUAUUGAACAGUCCACCUCGGCCCAUUCACUUACAUCGUUCACUCUCCCCGUCGAGUGUUCUGACUCCUCCCUUCGCCAUUGAACUGGAUGGCCCAUCUCCAGCACACUGGUCACCUCUUAGGCGUCUGCGCGCUCCUUGUAACGGUUCAUCUGCUCCACUGCUUCCUCAUCCGAACUCGCCUUUGACGCAGACCAUCCUUCACUGCGCACGGUCCGAGGUGUGGCAUUCGCACGUGUUCCUCACUGACAGCUGUCAAAGUUGUUCCAUCGCUUUGGACCCCAUCGUGAUUGACGACACUGUGGAUGAUCAGGAAGACGGAGAUAGUACCACCGAAGGUACCGUUUUCUUUACGGCCUAUCGCACACUUGUAUUAUGA